GGGUCCGGAGCGGGGAUGCCGGGGGCGGGAUCCCGGGGCCGGGGGCGGGAUCCCGGGGCGGGCCGUGGCGCUCGGGGCUCCCGUUCCGCUCCGCUCCGCUCCGCUCCGGGCCCGCCCGGCCAAAGUCCCCCCGCCAUGAGCGCGGCCCCGGGCGGCCGCCCGGCCUUCCCCGGCCUCCCAGGGGAGCUGGUGCUGGAGGAGGCGGCGGGCGCCCGGCGCUGCGGGGACGGCGGAGACGGGGACGGGGACGGGGACGGUUCGGUCCCCGGGACGCUGCUCUGCACCAACCGCCGCGUCGCGUUCCUGCCCGCGCAGGCCCCCGGCUCCCGCGUGUCCCUGCGCAGCGAGGACGACGUGGCGCUGCCCUGCAUCCGCACGCUGGUGGCAGCCAGCAGCUGGGCCAAGCCCAAGGUGCUCACGGCCGCCUCCACGCUCAAGUUCAUCCCCGAGGAACUGGCCGUUUUCUGCCGGGAUUUCCGCCUGCUCCGCUUCCACUUCCACGCGGACGGGCUGGCUCCACAGGCCUUUCGGGUGGCCAACGCCAUCGCCCAAGCGCGGGAGGCGGCCGCGUGGCUCGGGGACACCGGCGAAGGACAUGGCGGCUGGUCCGGCGCCCCCGGAACGUGGCCGGAGGACGAGGAGGAGGAGGAUGGGGACGAGGAUGGAGAUGAGGAGGAUGGGGAUGAGGAGGAUGAAGGCUCGGGUGCCACGCCGCUCUUCGAGAACCUGCGCGACUGGGAGAAGGAGCUGAGGCGGCUGGGGGCCGAGGGCUGGAGGGUCAGCGCCGUCAACGAGCGCUUCGACAUGGCCCCCAGCCUCCCGCGCUACCUGUGGGUGCCCAGCGGGCUCCUGGACCACGACCUCAAACGGACCUUCGCCCACUUCCAGGAGCGCCGGGUGCCCCGCCUGUGCUGGCACCGCCCGGGCGGGGGGCACCUGCUGCGGGGCGCCGCGUUCCACCCCGCGUCGGAGCCGGGCGCCGAGGACGUGAGGUGCCUGGAGGCUCUGCUGCUGGGGGGCCGCGGGCCCUGCGUGGUGGCCGAUGCCACCGAGCUGCCCUCGCUCGCCGACAUCCAGCUGGCGCACCUGAAGCUGCGGGCGCUGUGCCUGCCCGGCGCGGUGGCCGAGGACAAGUGGCUCUCGGCGCUGGAGGGGACGCGCUGGCUGGAGCACGUGCGCACGUGCUUGAGAAGAGCCGUGGAGGUGGCGACGCUGCUGGCGGGGACACGGUGCUCUGUGCUGCUGCAGGAGCCGUCGGACCGGGACCUGAACUGCCUGCUGGCGGCGCUGGUGCCGCUGCUGGGCGACCCGCGGUGCCGCACGCUGCGCGGCUUCCAGAGCCUGGUGCAGCGCGAGUGGGUGGCGGCUGGACACCCCUUCCCACACCGCAUGGGGCUCCUGCGCCGCGGCCCCCGCGACGAGGCCCCCGUGUUCCUGCUGUUCCUGGACUGCGUGUGGCAGCUGGUGCGGCAGUUCCCGGCGGCCUUCGGCUUCACCGAGGCGUUCCUGCUGGCGCUGCACGACAGCAGCUUCGCGCCCUAUUCCAGCACCUUCCUCUUCAGCUGCCAGCGCCAGCGCGGCCGCGCGCAGCAGCGCCCCCCCAGCCAGACCCACACCCCGGCGGGCGGCCGGCGGCCCCGGGGGGGCAGCGCUGCCGGGGGGCUCCCCCCGGUCUGGGCCUGGGGGCUGCGCUACAGCCGGGAGCAACGGGCGCGGUUCCGGAACCCCGCGGGGGGGGGCGCCCCCGCCCCGGGACCCCCCGACACCGCCGACCCCCCCAGCCCGGACACGGGCGCUGCCGCGCGGGCCGGGCCGGUGCCGGUGCCGGUGCCGGUGCCGGUGCUGGUGCUGAGCAGGGGGUCCCUGAGCCCGCAGCCCCUGCCCUGGCGGAGCGGCCGCCCCCCCGCGCGGGGGGCCCGCGUGGCCGCGGGGGGGCUGCGGGCGGCUGCCGGGGCCCCCCCGGGGCUGCUGGUCCCCUGCGCCGCGGGACCGGCCGUGCGGCUCUGGCGCCGCUGCUACCUGCGGGGGCUGCCCGAGGCGCAGCCCGUGUCCGUCUGUCCCCGCAGCGCGGGCGCUUGGCCCCGUCCCCCGCGGCGCUGGCCGAGGAGCUGAUGCUGCUGCAGGACCGGCUGCGCACCUGGGGGGCCACGGGCCCCCCCGCCGAGGCCACCGACACCCCCCCCCCGCCCUCCCGGUGACCCCGCGCUCCCUCCAGCCACGCGGGCUCCGGGACCCGCGGUGCCGAGGGCGGGACAGGAUGGGACCCGCCGGGGGGCGGGGCGGUCUGGGGGCCCGUGUGCCCCCCGAACCCAUUAAAGUGCAGUUUGGUGUGA